ACACCUUUCACUUAGAGAAACUUAGUUCUCUACGUAACUCCAACAUAUUGACUCGUAAAAUGUGAUAAUAACAUAAAGAAAAAUGUUUUAUAGUCAUGUCACACCAAAGUUACUGUGUUUAGUCAUCUUAAGUUUGUUAGAAUCAUGUCACCCUUUGGUCCUUCGCGCAUACCUUUCUCAACAUGGGCUUCACGGUGAAAUAGAAUUCUCACGCAAAAAUGACACUUCAAUCAGUAUCAGAACGAACCUUAAAACCACAUUGCAGUAUCCGGAUGGUGUCUGGCGAUGGACUAUCCACGAGUAUCCUGUCGACUAUCGCGAGUUAUCGGAUGAAAGGUGUUCCCAAGAACACCUAGGAAGAGAAAUUAUAGAUCUUACUGAAGAACUGGGCUAUUUGAUAAUACCAGGCAAAGAUCAUGCCGAGUUUGAAAGUAAUAAUUCAUUAACUGGUCCGAAUGGAUUGUGGGGAAGAAGCAUCGUUUUCGAAACUGCUGAAAGAGAACGCGUAAUUUGUGCUUCAAUUUUGUCUACCGAUAAAACGUAUGAAAGACAUGCGCUUGCGAGGUUCACAGCCCCAGUAGCAGGCACGCUGCAUUUCCGAUGGUUAUCAGCCCGAGAAUUUGAUGAAUCUGAUUCCUACAUUCAAGCUGACCUAUACCAUGCAAAAGCAGUUCCUACGAAAGGAGAAUUUACACAACAUAGAUGGAAGUUAUUUGUUACUGAUAUCUUCGAUUCUGAUAAGGGAAGUCAUGAAGACAAUUGCAAUGUUCUGCAAUUAGUUUUUGAUCCUGAAAACAGUGGUGAUGGAAUGAGUGUUGGUGAUCUAGAUAGUAAGCUGGGUUUGAUAAAGGUUGCAACGGAUGCAAACGUGAAGAAAAUGAGGACAUUAUACAAAAAUGAUGUUAUUAAUGUGUUGAGGAGUGACAUGGAGGUGACUAGAAGAAGUUUGUAUGUUGUGAUAUUUGACAAUAGGCAUGCGGAUAGUUUUCUGGCCUGUGCGAAAUUGAGACCGAUGCAGCCCAAGAGUACCAAGGCACUGAUCAACCAGGAUGGUAUACGAGGGGAAGUAAGUUUUACACAGCGGUCGCCAUUCGACCCGACCUGGGCGAACUUUACGCUGGCUGCGGCGGAUCAGGAUUACGAGUCGAACCUGCGUUUUGUCGGAUCCAUGCUCCAGUACAGCAUUAAAGAACUUCCUCCGAAACUGUUGGACGCAAGCCAUAUACUCACCAUGUGUAAUACCACUGGUGGAGUCUAUAAUCCAAGGCAGCUGGAUAUGAAAGAUAUACCACCCCCAGGAAUGGGUACCCAAGAUCAAUAUCCAGUGGGUGAUCUGCUAGGCAAAUAUAAGGACCGUACCGAGUACUUGAAUCACAAUUACUUGCUGCCGGGAUUGGCUAACGAACUCAGUGGUCUAUACUGGGAUGUAUAUCUUCCUUUGCAAGGUCGUCAGAGCGUUGUUCAUAGAGCUCUGGUUUUAACAAGACGGCCUCCAAGCCGCGAGCUCUGUGGCACUAUACUCCCUUACGAAUACGACACAGAUUACCAGGUUCAGAUGACCUCGGCGCAGGUUAUAUUCAGAUAUCCAAUCGUGGGGACAGUUAUCUUCAGACAACCGCUGGAGAGACCUUGGGAGGAUACCACUAUCAUUAUUGAGAGUAUGGUCCAUGCCGAUGGAUCCAACGUGAACAACACCCAUGAGCACCGCUGGGCCAUUCACGAGAAUCCUCCUGGUGGGGACUACUACAACUGGACGGGUCGGUGCCUAAGUGCCGGCCGCGUGUAUGAUCCUCAUGGCUUGGAUAUAGAUACCAGACACCCGGAUCAAUAUUGCCGAACUGGACUGGAGGGGUUGUGUCGACUUGGAGAUUUCACUACUAGACACGGUAUGCUGUCCGUAGCCGGCAAGAAACGCGACAGUGCUCGCCUAACUCGGAGACUGUUCACUGAUAACGUGGUAGCGCUGGUGGGAAAGCAUUCCAUUAUGAGGAAAUCACUGGUGAUUUAUGAUGACCACGGACCUGUCGCAAGAGGAGAGAGAAUGGCAUGCUCUAUAGUAAACGGGUUGCAUAGAAGGAAGGCGGUAGUCCGUGACUGGUUUGGUAAUGGCGCGCAAGUUCCUUUAAAGGGAAAGAUCGAGAUGAUCCAGCAAUCAGAGUACGACAUUACCAACGUACAAGUCAAGUUAGAAGCACUUGAGGAUAUAAGGAAUUAUAUGAUACAUGUGACACCAGUCGAGAAGGAUCUGGAGUUCCCCUGUGAACAGACCACGUUGUAUGACGCGUACAAUCCAUUUAAUGUUAAUAAAUCUCUGGUGCCACCUCCUACUAAAGGAACCGCUGACCAGUACGAGUUGGGUGAUUUAGGCGAUAAAUACGGACUCCUGGACGACGUGAAAAAAAUUAAUACAUUCUACAACGAGACACAGAUCUCUCUGUUUGGAGCAUACAGUAUAUUGGGUCGUUCCGUAGUGCUUCAUAAAAAGACCCGCGAUCGUCGCCGCUGGGCGUGCUCCAGUAUCGAGCGAGGAUAUAGUCCAUCAGAAGCCCGUGAGAUCAGGGGCAUAGCGUCUUUCCACCACCCUGGCGGCUUCGCGUACGGAUACAUCCGGAUGACCCAGCUGAUACACAACGACGGCAGCACCAGUGACACAGUUAUCGAAGUCAAGCUACGACACCCUGGAGUCAGGGAUAGGAACUUGACUCAUAACCACAACUGGUCAAUAUUCGUGAAUCCCGUGGGAGUGGACGCGGCGGUCAAAGUGACGAACACGAGGUGCGUCGCCGGCGGGUAUCGUUGGAACCCAUACUUUACACAGCUCGCCGAUCCGCUUAAUCACGAUCUGUACAACCAAGAAUGCGGAGCUGACAAUCCAUUGAGAUGUGAUGUUGGCGAUCUCACAGCCAGACUUGGCACUCUUACAAUCGGAGGCAAAAGACAAAUGUUCAUGGACAGUAACUUCCCUCUGGAGGGCACUGUGACAGCGAUGGGCCGCUCCAUCGUGAUCUUCGGUCCGGAGCGCACGAGCGAGCGGUUCGCUUGUGCCAACAUCGAGCCCGAUAAGGAUAUCAUCAAAUACGUCAAUAUUAUGAAACCGCCUAGAUUUGUUCUUGGUCAAUUCUUAGAAGACAUCCGCAAGGUGAUGGGCGUGCCGGAGUGGAUGGUGAGCGUGGACUCGCGGCGCACGCGCACGUUGCAUCACUCCACUUGCAUCCAGAUUCUACUGCACUUCACCGGCCCGCACGCUAACCGACUCGAGUUAGAUUUUACCAGAUUACUGGCAUCAGGAAGAUUAGAUUCGCCGAGUAUAUUUAUCCCAGGUUUCGUGAACCAGAAGAGGAAGGUGACCACAUCGUAUCGCCAUUGCGGCGUCACGGACCCCAAUGAAAAGAAAAAGAACUCCUUCUUCUUCUCAUCAAACCCCAAUACGGCGAGCACAAUAGGCUUCUCUUUAGUGCUGGGUGGUUUGAUAUCGUUGUACUUCGCGAGAAGAAUUAUAUAGCUAUUUAUGUGAACAAACCAAAUUGUACAAUAAAUUGUUAUUUAUUAUCAA